ACAUGGGAUUUUGCAUUUAUAGAUGCCGACAAAGAAAAUUACUUGAACUAUUAUGAGAAAUGUGUUGAACUUUUACGUCCUGGUGGAGUUAUAUUAGUCGAUAAUGCUCUAUGGCACGGUGAAGUGGCGAGGGAAAGGAAGGGUGGAGCCGGAGCAGUUAUUGAUGCCAUGAAUCGACGUGCUUCCGAAGAUGAAAGAGUUGACAAUAUACUGUUGGAAAUUGCUGAUGGAGUACAUCUGAUUUUCAAGAGAUAUUGA